AUGAUAAGCGGCUCUUUUAAUUUCAGACGCUGGUCGUUGGCUCCGAGGACAUCAACUGGUUUGAACUUCGACGGUCUGCGCGCUACCAGGAUCAUUAUCCAACCCACCAGUGGUGGUGACACCUACCUGCCGGUAGCACACACCUGCUACAACCUCCUAGACUUGCCGAAAUACUCCAGCAAGGAGAUCUUGCAGUCGAAAUUUAUGCAGGCCAUUGUGAACACGGAAGGCUUUGCUCUUGUCUAA